ACUAUACACCCGCAUUUACCCUACUAAACGUUUGCUCUAUUUACUUUAUGAAACGCGUACAUUUUGCGGUCCCUAUCUCCUGCGCAUGACUUCCCCACGGGUCAACGCCCCUACAAGUAUUAUAUGUUUGCCCACCUGUAACACUUUACAUCUCCUGCAUUAGCCAAUUGAUCCUAGAGAAUGGCAGCGCCAGCGGUAGCUAUGGUGCCCUUGGGCCCUAGCGCAGCAGCUGGGACUCUCGCAUUCACAGGGUCAAGCACCGAAUACUGGGCGAUUGUGGCAGCCCAGCAGCAGGACGCUGAGCGUUAUCAAAGAACCCAAAUGGCCGCGGCUGCGCUGCGGCGGCGGCAGCGCGUCUUCACGCUGCUGUACAACAUGUUGGCGGUUGGGGAGCUGGUGUACUUCAUUGUGGGGCUGUACCUGAUUGACUGGCAGGUUGCGGACCUGCGGGAUAACCCGCUGCUGGGUCCGGGGGCGCUGGGGAUCGUCAAGCUGGGCGGCACUCACACGCAGCGCAUCAUCGAGCGGCACCAGUACUGGCGCCUCGUCAGCUCGCUCUUCCACAACGCAGGCGCCAUCCACCUGGUGUCAAACCUGGGCCUGGUGUGGGCGUUCGGACACUUCCUGGUCCGGGACAUCAGCCCGUGGGCCGUGGCCGCCACCUUCCUGUGUUCCGGUCUGGCGGGAGUGCUGGUGUCUGCCAAUGUGGGCGCGCAGUACAUGAGCGCGGCAGCAUCCAUACCCGCGUUUGGGCUGGCAGGCGCUGCCUGCUCCAAGCUUCUCCUCGACUGGCGCCGCUACGCCUGGCGGCCCGUGACACUGGCGCUGCUGGGCUUCAUGCUGGCUGCCAACGCCUUCCUGGGCGCCACUCCCUUUGUGGACAACAGCGGCAACAGCGGGGGGCUGGUGGCGGGGGCAGUGAUGGGACUGGGCUGGGUGCUGGUGAGGAAGGAGAAGACCCGCAGCCGGGUCCGCGAGGCGCUGCUGCACCUGCUGGCCGCCGCCGCCAUGGUGGGAGUGCUGGCGGCGGUGGUGGUGGGGCUUGUGGGGCUGCAGUACAAUGCGCCCGUGGCAGGCUGCUGCAACCCGUGGGUGUGCACCGGCAGCGCCUGGUGGGACUGCGACGCCAGCCGCAUCUGGCCCUCCUCGUGCGCCUUCACAACCUACCUCAACUCCACCGCCACCCUCACAUGCCCCAAGGGCCAAGUGGUGGGUAUGGGAGUAGUGAAUCGCACGGACAUCUCCUCCCUGCUCAUCCAACAGUGGUGCGAUACCUACUGCAACCUGGCCACCGGCAUCAGCAGCGGCGGCGGCGACAGCAGCAGCAGCAGUAGCAGUGGUGUCAGCGGCAUUGGAGGGGGAUUGGGUUCUUCCUCCUCCUCCGCGUCAUGAUCCUCGGCGGUCAGUGUUACCUCUUAGGAGAAGGAGUGCUACCGAACAUGUUGUUAGGGUGAGGGAGGGUAGUGUGGCAAUGCUGAUUGGUGGUUGUUAAGUGAGGUGAAGUGAGGCGUGUAUGCCAGACUGCCAGACUCAAGAGGCGCGUGUGGGAGGUAUAAUGGUGGUGUUGGUGGGAUGCGGGUGUAUUGGUAGUUGAUGAUACCUUUUGUGGUGGCUCAGGGUGGCUGUUCCUGACUUCCUGACUUCCUAUAGAGAGGCUGUAUGGGUCAUGGCUGCUGGUAAUCGUGACAAACAAGUUAACAAAAGUACCGGUUGGUAAUGGCAUGGGUGGUGUUUGCGGAACUAAUGGGGGUGUGUCCGUGGGGGCGGUGUACGGGACAGGGAUGGAGGGGCGGGUUAUGUUUGCGAAUGCAUGAACCUAUGUUUGAUGAUUGCUACCUAAGUUCAGGGAGCCGACAAGGUAUGUAUGGGUUUACGUGGCCGGUUGCGUUGGGGUUCGUUGGUUGUUUUUUACCGUUGGUACCGGUGCCGUGCCCACCUGUGGCAUCAACGGCUUACCUGCCUCCUGCAUGCAUGUGCAUCUGCAAUC